UGGUACAGCUCACGCGCCCGGGCGGUCGCUAUGGAGAGGAGUUGCUAGAGAAGCAAGCAAGCAAUCAGCAGUAGAACAGACGUAGAGGCUGAGAGAGGUAAGGAACGAAAGUGCACUGGGAAAUCAUGGCGAAAAGAUUGCUACUCGAUUACCACAAGACUCUGCCGCUCAAUGGACUGCAAGCCGCCACAGUUUUGCUUCUCAUUUAUGGGGUUACCUGUGUGAGCAGUAAUGAGGUGCUGGUCCCAGAGAGGGUGAGUGCUGUGCUGGGUAAGAACAUUACUCUGGGCUGCAGGGUGGAGGUGGGCACCAACCUCAGCCUCACCCAGAGCUCCUGGGAGCGUCGCCUGCCCUCAGGCACCAUCACCCUGGCCGUCUUCAACCCCCAGUUUGGCAUCUCCAUCUCCCCAGACUACGCCAGGCGCCUGUCCUUCAUGAACCCCUCUGUGCACGAUGCCACCAUCAUCCUGGAAGGCGUGGGUUUUCAGGACAUUGGGUCUUACACGUGUAAAGUGGCGACUUUCCCAUUGGGAAACACGCAGGCAUCCAUCACCGUCAAUAUACUAGUGGAGCCCAAGGUCUACGUCUCUGCCGGCUCAACGGCCCUGGUGGAUGGUGGUAAUGAGUCGGUGGCGGCCACCUGCAUAGCGGAGCGCAGCCGGCCUGCAGCCGAGGUGUCCUGGGAGACUGAGCUGUUUGGCCGCUCUGAGGUCCAGAUACAGGACGAGCCCAACGGCACCUAUACCACCCAGGUGCGCUAUGUGUUGGAGCCACGGAGACACUCCCAGGGCCACACCCUCACCUGCGUGGUGCGCCACCCGGCCCUGCAGACUGAGAUCAGGAUACCCUAUGUGCUCAAUGUGCAGUUUGCUCCUGAGGUGACGGUGGUGGGAUAUGAUCAAAACUGGUUUGUUGGUCAGGAGAAUGUGAAGCUGGACUGUGGAGCCAAAGCAAACCCACCUGCCCACCACUUCUCCUGGACCAGGUUGGAUGGGCCGAUGCCUGACGGUGUGGAUAUAGUGAACAACACUUUUAGUUUCACUCGUCCUCUGGAGAGAAAUGACUCUGGACUGUACAGGUGUGAGGUGUACAACGACAUCGGUCCACGCAGUCAUGACGUUCACAUCUGGAUACAAGAUCCUCCCCCCACCACGACACCAGUCCCCACCACCUCUACUCCCCUCUUCCUGGACACCAGCAUGGCCCCCAACAAGCGGCGAGGAGCAAGCGGCCACUUCACCUCCCCCACCCUGGCCUCCCUGUCAGACAGCAGCAUGGGUACCAUAGUGGGCGGGGCUGUGGGCGGGGUCCUGCUCCUGGGGUUGCUGCUGAUCCUGGGUGGAGCUUGCUUCAUGCGCCAGCGGAGGACCUUCAGGGGUGACUACUACACCAAACAGUACCUGGGCCCCUCCGACAUGCAGAAGGAGUCCCAGCUGGACGUGCUCCAGCCCCACGAGCUGCAGGAGGUCGACGGGGACGCGCACAACUCUACCUGCAAGGACAGCCAGGAGCUGAAACCCAAGCCGGGACUGGGAGGGGACAUCAUUUACCCCAAUGACAUCAAGGACAGGGAGGACUGGGGCGACGGCCACAGGGGCCUCCGGGAGGGCAGCUACUACCCUGUUGAAAACCACAACAUCCACCACCCCAAAGGGCCGCUCGUUCACACUCCCACUGUGACCAAUGGCUCCCCCUACCUGCCGGAGGACUGCUAUGACAAUGGCACAGACAGCGAGUAUGUGUCCCACAUGGAUGGGUCUGUGAUCUCACGCAGAGAGUGGUAUGUCUGAGAGCUACAGGGGAGCGGGAAGAUACCUUUUGGCUCAAAAUGACUCGGUGAGACAAUAAUUUAACAGGUGUUGAAAUAGAUAUAUUAUAGAGAAUUUGUCAAUUCAAUAAACAGACUCUUCUAGACAAGAAUGAACAUUCCCGGCUCAUUUGUGUGCUCUGACCCCAAGGACUUCCAUAUGACUUCCAUAUGGAGUGUGUUAUAAUGUCGUAGCAUCUCAACAGAUGAUCUUAGGCUGGGAAUGGCAGUAAUCUGCUGUCAUUAUCCGCUUAACUUUAGAACUAGGGUUCAUUUGGCAAGGGUUUCUCUGUACUACGUUGUUUCAACAGAUGUGAGCGGUUCACGUUGUGUCGUUCUGCUUUUAUGUAUGUAAACACCUGUCUUACGUCAUGAGCCUGGCAUUUCAGCCCUCAUUAGUGAAAUAUUUCUAUCCCUUUUGAAAAUUCUAAACUAUGUGCCCAUAUGUUGCAUCAAUUCAAACCCCUCAUAUUCAAUGACAUUUCCCAAAACAAUUGCCUGUAAUCAUAUGACUUUAUGACUUUUUCAUAAAGGUUACAUUCUGAUUGCUUGUUGCUGUUGAGAGCACCUAAAUCAGAUUAUAUUUUAGUUUUCAAACUGUUAUACAGAUGUGAAAGGGAAAAGGAUUCAACAAUGUGACAAAAAGGGAGCAAUUUGCCAAGUUUAUGGUUCUAGAUGACGAUAGAAUAUAUCCACAUGUUGUGAGCAGGAUGUACAGUGAUACUGUCAGGACUAUGGGACGUGAUAAGACUCUUUUAAGCACAUCGGAGGAAUACAUCUCAAGGUUUGUAUCUAUUUAGGACAGUGUAUUGCACAUGUUCUUUAGCAUUGGUGGCACAUUCUAGAUUGUGUCCCAAAUGGCACCGUAUUCCAUAUACAGUUUAUUAGGUACACCCAUAUAGUCCUGACUGCCAUCAGCAUGACGCAAUAGGAACCGGGAUUUGUCGGACCAGGCAAUGUUUUUCCACUCCUCAAUUGUCCAAUGUUGGUGAACACUUCUUCUUGUUUUUAGCUGACAGGAGUGAAACUCAGUGUGUGUCAGUGUGAUCUGUGAUGGAUUCUUUCCAGUACACAACCAGGCACCAUGACAUGGUCUUUGUCCCAAGUGGCAGCCUAUUCCGUACAUAGUGCACUACUUUUGAACAGAGCCGCAUGGACCGUGGUCAAAAGUAGUGUACUAUAUAGGGAAUUAGGAUUCCAUUUGGGAAUGAGUCCAUGACAUGAGGUUGUAGCUACUAAAGGGUUGACAUCACUAGUGAUCCCAUCUCCAUUAGCUGGUAUUGACCUUCCAUUUCCUGUUCCUGCUCAGCCGGUAGCUUCGUUCUACCUGAGAAACUAAAGGAUUAAAGUGACCUCUCCAAAGCCUCGCCGUUAAAGGAAAGAUCUCUUCAGUCAAUUGGUCGGGUGGAGGAACACUUGCGUAUCACACACACACUCCACAUGCUACCUGCUGCCUAGGCCACUCCAACCCUGCCAUGUUCAAAGCCCAGCCCUCACCUCAAAGUUUUAGCAUUUUAAUUAACUUCUCUUCCCUGGAUGGACUUGGUGAAUGUUUGACAUCGGUGAUGUAUAGAGCAUCUGUGUAUGCAAGCACACUCAUGUGUUUUUAUCUGUUUGAUUCAAGGCUUCCAGUGUGUGCCUGACUAAAAUGGACAAAGCCCCUCGGUGAAAACUUUUCUUAGCUUAGCUACUGCUCAGACAUCCACCCAGGGGUUGUGGGCACGUAGGCUAGAUACAAUGCAGGGAUAGAUUCUCAUGUCUUUGACUGUUUGUCUGUACACACAAUGUGAGGUUAGCUUGGUCUUACUCCCUGUUUUGAACAUUUGUCCAAAUACAGGCUGGCCUUUGACAUGUAAUUUCAUUGGGAGUGGAAGAAAGUGAUUGAAUGUUUACUUUGGCAAAGAUUUUGUUUUCAACUUGACCUUCUUUGGAAUGGAAAGAGAUUAAGUUAUUGUUGUGCCUAUACUGCCUUCAUUUCAUUUGAAUUCUUUAUGGUUUAUUCUUCUGCUUAUGUAUAUAUGUUCAUGGUUUUUAUGUGUGAUGAUUCAUGUGUUGAUUUAAGUCCUCAAGGCCUCUGGAGAGAAAGGUUGGUGACUUAUGCCUUUUUAUGUCAUUCUUUUUAAUAUUUAUGAUUUUGUUGCUUGUUUUUAAACCAGCACAGUUGACUUAAGGUGAAUUGUUUAGCCUUAUACACACAGACUCUUGUAGCAGCUUAAGUUACAAUGUACCUGAAAAUUGUAUUUCACUGGAAAAUUACAUGGGUAGUACUAAGCAGGCCAGAAUCAUAGUCAAUGUUAUUGUUUUGUAAAUAUGGUGGCUUUUUUUAUUCUUUAUUAAAAAAACAAAUGUUUUGAA